AAGAGAUUAAUUAUGAUACCUAAAAUAUAAACUUUAGGGAUAAUUCCAACUUUGCUAUCAACGCAAUACACUUUUCCGAAUAUGCUGAGUCUUGGUAGCAAAUCGAACUUCACUAUCGACGACGCUUUUGAAACUGAGGAUGAUGAUGUUUUAAAGACUUAUGGGACCACAACAGAGCAUACGCCUUUGAAACCUUCAAGAAAUUCUCGAUCUGAAAGUACAAAUUGCGCAGUUCGGAUAGAUGACCCUAUAGCUGAUCGAAGCCGAUUUGGAAAAUUAAAACUAACUGGUGAUAGUUUUUCCAAAGAUAGUGAUUCUUUGAUUCAUGGAGAUUCAAUUCGUCCAGAAAAAUUUGAUGCUAAGUUAAUAUGGUGGAAGCAUCCCAAGGUACAAGAAAACUGGAAAGUGAUGUGUGCAGCUUUUGGCCUUCUUAUCAUUGGAAUAGGCUUGUUAAUUACAGGAAUUAUUGUUUUAAUUAUGCCAGAAAUGGGUGUGCAAAGUUUUGUGUUUUUUAUUGCUGGUGCAAUAUGUUUCAUACCUGGAGCUUAUCAUGUGAUUUAUGUAUACUGUGCAGUCAAAGGUCGUCGUGGCUAUAAUUUCUAUAAUCUACCACUUUUCAACUAAAGACCAUCAAAU